AGAUUGAUGAUAUCUUAGUGUUGCUUUGUCACUGAUCUCAGACAUGUCUUCAGAGCAUCUCUCACUUCAUGGCAGAUCUAACUCACAGUCUAUAACACAGUGCAGUCCACUGACUGCACUUUUCUAGUUCUCUUUCCUUCUGCUUCUCCUUUCUUUCGUGUCAUUUUCUCUUCUUGCAUCAACGAUUUUCCACCACAGCUGCUAUUUGUAACUUUGUGUGUUUCAUGAAUCUGCUCUGCUGCCCACGAUGGACAUGCAAGCGCGUCUCAAGUUACUCUUUGAUGGAGAAGAUGAAGAUCUUCUCAAGACCAAUACAGGCCUUCAAUCCGCACUGGAAAUAGCGAAUCUUUCAAUGAAAGAACAGAACACCGCCAACAAUCCACCACAAACCACAGAAAUCAGCCGUCAGCAGAGUAGCCAAGCAGGUUCGUCCAAGGAGCCGGCGGUAGAUGAGCCCAGCAGCUCAGAAGAUGGGUUUGAUGAGUAUCUAGCUACUUUUUCCGAUGCUACACGGGAAAACAAAAGGAAAAAGAAGAUUUGGAAUAAGAACGAUAACCAUUACAGAGGGAGUACGCAUGUGGGUUUGUCGAUAUCGACGGCUUCCUAUGAUACCCUUAGGGCAGCCUUCUACAGCAAUGGCGGAAGAUUAUUCUGCCCAAUAUCUGCUAUCAGUCGUUUCCCGUACAAAUACGUUCGAGGCAGUGAUGGCGAGCGAAUUGCACAACGCUUCUUCAACGAAGGAAAGUUCUGGAAGAGGCCGUGGGAUAUAUACUAUAUUAACCCGCCGCUUUCCAUCUCAACCAGACCGCUCAUUCUCGUUCCCAGUCAACAAGCUCAAGACCUUAUGGAUGACAUCAACAACGCAUUUAACACUCAUGUUUCCCUUCCUUUAGACCAAGAACCCGGGCUCUUAAUCCCUUUCGAGAACGACGGUACCCCUCAGCCACAUUAUCUCGGAACGGCGUCCUCUAAGGAGGAGAAAGAAGAAAUGGAGUCAAACAUACCCGACGCACCAAUAGACCAUCAUGAACCCCCCCAGGGCUGCUCCGCAGAAGUUGACCGUUCAUUUGCUGCUUUCAAGGGAAAGAUGGCGGCUGCCGUCGACGCUAAUCGACAAAAGAACAAGGUAGCUAGGAAGAAAAGGGAAGGCGACCGCAUCCAGAAAUUACAGGGCUGGUGCCGUACGAUGAAGAGGGCCAAGUGCUACCUUGGAAUGUGUCCUCGACGUCCUCGCGAUCUGGAACCCCCUAUUACUGAUGGUUUGACCUGGGAAGAACAGAAGCAGGCUGAACGGGAGUACGGGUUAGCAUGCGGGAUUAUCCUUCUCCCGAUGGAUGUCAAUCAAGUAGCUCCAUUCCGCUUUGCGAGUGAGCCAAUCUUUGUUUGCGUUGAUGUCGAGGCAAAUGAAAAAAUUCACCAUCAAAUCACAGAAAUCGGAGUAUCAACUCUUGACACCCUUGAUCUUGCUGGUAUUCCCCCUGGAGAAGGUGGGAGUAACUGGACUGCGAAGAUACACUCUCGUCAUUUCCGAAUUUCGGAAUACGCUAAUGUUGUCAACAAAGAGUAUGUUAGCGGGUGUCCCGACAGUUUCGAAUUCGGCGAAAGUGAAUGGAUCUCGAUAUCGAAGGCUGCAGACAUUGUCGAUAUGUGCUUUCAACCUCCUUACUCUGCCCAUGUACCUUGGUUCCCCCAGGAUCUGAUAGACGCGAACAGCGGCAAUACCAAUGGAGGCGAGAAAGAUACCCAGGAGGGUAUUCGUCAGCCCUCGUUUUCGGACACCGAACCUUUCUGCGAUAUCGACUCAAUCCCGGGAAACAACACUCGUCCACGCAACCUGAUAUUCGUAGGCCACAACGCCGAAACCGAUAUUGCGUACCUCCGGAAGCUGGGAUGCAAGUCCUUCAUCAAACCGAGCACCACCACCGCCGACACCCCCCGCCCUCCAGACAAGAAUACCGAACUUCCAAACUUCAUCGAUACCCUCGACACCUCCAUCCUCUUCCGUGUCCUAAUGCGCCAAACAGAGCCGACAUCCCUAGGCAAAAUCCUCGUCGAUCUUGGCAUUACGGGCUGGAACCUGCACAACGGCGGCAACGACGCACGUUACACCAUGGAAGCUAUGAUCGGCAUCACCCUCAAGUCUCGUCUGGCGCUUGAUAAGUUCGUUGAUCAUAGCAAAAUCUCUACGACAAAUGAUUGGCCGCUUGUGUCUGGGUUAAGGCAGGGAGCGGGAGCGGGUGGGGGACCGGGCCAGCGGCUAUUUCAGUAUUAUGAAGAGAUGAGGAGGGCAGCGAUUGCGUACGAUCGGAAGUGGAAGGAGGAGGUCGAAAAGCGGGUUAAGAUAUGUGUGGAGAAUUCGGAGACCAGGGUGCGGGACGAGUGUGCGAGUUGGGAUGUAGCGGUGGGGGCUGACAAUAUGGAAGUGGAUGGGGGAGAAGGGACGGGGUUGGAUGAUUGAAGUUGACGUUGGAGAAUGAUUCGAGGGGGUAAACAGAGCGAGGAAUUGCUUCGAGUUGGCUUAGUGGGUUCGGUGAUAAGAAUACUUUGAGAAGGGAAAAUGAAGGUAGGUGGCAUGGUUAGUUUAAACCGUAUAGGUUGGGAAGAGGAGGAGGCUGUCUUGUUAAUGCCGUAAUUGAUGAAGAGCUGGCUGAUUUAAUUUGAUUUGACAUUAACGUUGUUUCCCCAAUACCCGUCGCAAGAAAUGAUAGGCCUUAUACACCAACCACUCUCGAUUCCUCUGCUUUACUUGCUCUCGUUUACCUAGAGCUGCAGGCAGCUAGCAAACUGUUAGAUAUUAUAUUCAUGACGGAAUGGCAACAUCUAGGCAUUUGGCAUUCUGGUUAAAUCACUAAAUAUCAUUCAGUUACGCCCCACCCUCCUCUUCCUUGUGUGGACUAUUAUUGUAGUUUUGGCGGCCAAACCCGCCAAUAUCUGAUUUAACCUCUUUCCAAGAGGAAAGGAAAUAGAGGGAGUUAGCUCACAUCAUUGCGCCGCCCAUCCGUAUUCAUAAGCUCUUUCAUCCCAUAUACGGUCUCUGGCAACUCGACAUCGCGUGGAGCACUGAUGACGCCAAAUUCAAACAUCGCAUCGCACAUUUGACCCCACCAGUUGCGUCCGUAGAAGCCAACAAUUCGUUGGCCGGGUGGUGGUUCUGUUUGAAACGGUGCAAAGCUCUCACCAUUAGCGGGCGAGCGUGGGAGGAGAAAGUUAUAAAACUAGGUGUAAAUCAUAAUUCUUCUCAAGAGGCGAAGACAAUGAAACGGGGGGGAAAUGAACAAGGAAAGAAAAGUGAAAAUAAGCACUCACCAAGCGUGCAAGUCUCAUCCACACAGCCAUACGCACUCAGCUCACCUCCUUCUGUCCCAUCUCUCAAAUGGAUCCUCAUGCCUGUGAUAACGUUGUUCGCCCUCGCAACUUCAAUCAUCACAAUCUCGCGAUCAGCAUAGCUACCCACGCGAUUACCACUACCACUAGGAAUAAUGUCAAUUUGCCUAGCAGCGUGCCCGCCAAAUGUGUGCUUGCCUCCAUUCCGCUUCAAUCGCGGCCCGCAGUUGACCCGCUCCCCAUCAUCGAAAUCUACAUACAAGCCGUCCAAAAACGCC